AUGUUGCAGGUAUUGGAAUUUGGAAUCAUAGCACAUUCGGUAGUGAUUGGUAUUUCUUUGGGUACAUCCCAAAGUCCAAAAACAAUCAAGCCGCUUAUUGUUGCUUUGAGUUUCCAUCAGCUAUUCGAAGGAUUGGGUCUUGGAGGAUGCAUUUAUCAGGCGAAAUUUAAUAAGAUAACAGCAUGGGUAAUGGCUAUAUUCUCUUUCUUAACAACUCCAAUUGGGAUAGUGGUGGGAUUGAUGUUAGGAAGCACAUACAAAGAGAAUAGCCCAACCGCUCUUAUUACCCAAGAAAUGUUGAAUUCUGCAUCCGCGGGAAUCCUCAUUUAUAUGGCAUUAGUUGAUCUCAUUGCAGCCGAUUUCAUGACUCAGAAAAUGAAGAAUAAUUUUAAGCUCCUAUUUAUUUCUAAUGUUUCUCUUAUUCUCGGGCUAAGCUGUAUGUCUAUCUUGGCUUUGUGGGCCUGA